AUGAUUUAGAAACCCUAUCGCCGAUUGAGUGUGAAUCCGGAGAUGCCACUGGUGAGAGGGGAUAUGCUGCCGCCACUUUGCACGGAGAAUAGCCACCACAGCGACAUCGCAGAGAACUUGCUGCGACGUAGACCGCCUACUAUCGCAGUGGAAUCUGUACGUGUAUUCGGCGGUGCUACAGAAGAGAGGGAAAAUUAUGCCGCCACUUUGCAGGGAGGAUAGCCACCACAGCGGCGGAGCGUAGAAUUCUGUUAAGGCGUGGUAGACAUUGGAAAAUUGGAAACAAAUUUGGGGAAAACUGAUAAGCUCUUCAUUAUGAUGAAUUUGUGCUUGCACAGGCAAACAUUUGGAUGACAUUGAUGAAUUUAAUAAAGAUCCUCUUGGGUGGUCGAGGGAACUGUUUCCGCAUCAAUGUGGUAAAUUCUCCAUGGCUGCUGUUCAUGCGAAUGGCGAUAUGGAGGAUCACAGUCAGCUUGAAGUUGGCCAUAAUGAACUCUUCGUUGGAAUUUAUGAUGGCCAUAGAGGCAACAUUGCUUCAGAGUUCAUCAGUAAUAACCUCUUUCAUGAUCUACUUAGGUAUAUUGAGGAGAAUGAUAAAAAUAUUUCUGAAGAUAUUCUGAGGACAGUUGUUGCUGAAACCGAGGAAAAGUUUAUGCUUGAGGUUGAAGAGGGUUAUCAACAACAGCCAGAGCUAGGUAUAGUUGGUUCAAGUUGUCUAAUUUGUGUUAUAUGGAAAGGGACAUUAUAUAUCGCCAACCUUGGAGACUCCCGUGCUGUAAUGGGUUCUGUGGGGGGUCCGUUGAAUAGGUUCCGUGUUCAACAGUUGGUCAGAGACCACAACGCUCGUAAUGAGGAUAUUAGACUAGAACUCGUGAAUUUGCAUCCAGAUGAUCCGAAUAUUGUGACCUAUAAUUUUGACGCAUGGCGUGUUAAAGGCAUAAGCGAGGUAAGCAGAGGUAUAGGACACGCGUAUUGGAAGCGGGAAGCGUUCACUUUAAACUCAUCGUUCCAAGUCCCAGAGUCCGAACGUGUGCCUUCUCCUUUUAACCAACCAUUGCUAUCAGCAGAACCUGAGAUAUAUUCAAGAGUCUUAAACGACAAUGAUAAAUUCAUUAUAUUUGGAUCUGGUGGACUUUGGAAAUUGUUGACAAAUGAGCAAGCUGCUAAAAUUGUUAAGAACAAUCCACGUGAAUAUGGUGAGUUUUUGUUGCAGGGAAUUGCAUCAAGGGUUGUGAAGAUUGCUCUAGAGAUUGCAGCUGGAAGAAGGAAUAAAAGCUAUAGUGAGCUUAGGAAGAUUCCUAAGGGAUAUGGUGUUAGUAAGAGGCCUAGUAUUUCUGAUGAAGGAACUAGGCGGGAAUAUCAUGAUGAUAUCACUGUGAUAGUUGUAUUCUUGGACAAAAAGCCAAUUUGGAAUCCGAAUGAUAUCCCUCUUGAAGGAAGAAUUGUUUCUUGCAGAGCCUUCUCUAAGCUUGAAUUAUCAGAUUUUAGAUCUCUCAGAGUCACACAUCAAGCAUUUGGAAUCUAUCUCUAGAGUUUUCAUGGAUUAACAUAAGCAUCUGGAAAAAUUACAAGCUAUGAAAGUUCCUGGUCAGAUGAAAGCAAACCUCACGCUAUGUAUAUUGCACUAUUGGUUUAAUAUUCAACUAUUAAGUACUUUUUUCUUUUCACUGAUUUUAUUCUUUUUUACUUCCAAGUAUCAAUUAAAAUGUAUUUUUUUGGCUCCGUUUGCUUAAAAAUUAGUACAAACUGGUCUUGUCAUGCCACAUCUGAAACAUGAGAAGUGUAUGUUAAAUCUCUAUCAUCAAACAAAAACCACAUAAGAAGGUUAAGUUGAGUAGAACUCAA